AUGAGAUUACCCUUUAAAGGCGAUAGACUUUUAAUCAGUCUUCGUGAAAGACUCGAGACCCAUGGCCUAACAGAGUAUAAUAAAAAUGGAAAUGCGAGGAUUAUUCAAUUCGAUUUAGAUUUUGAAUCAAAGAUUUGUGAAAGCUUCCGUUGUGGCAUGCGUUGUGGUCACAUAGAUCCUAAAGAUAUAAAUAUGAGCAUCAACUAA